AAAAUCCCAUAAUUAACUUCAUGAGAUUUCUACCUAACAGAUGACAGGUGCCAGACCAUGAUUCAGUUAUUAAAUGUGUGGAUGAAUAAAUAAGUGGCGCGGGUGGUGGGUUGGAGAGGGGAGAGGAGAAGUUCCUCCUCACGAUUGGGACACACCCACACGGAAGUCAGAUGUGGUCUUUAUCUUGUUUGCCUCACAUUUCCUCGGGAGUUCUCCGUGUACGCCAUUCACUAUGUCGAGCACCGUGAAGAGCCUCAAAGUCACCUAUAACCCCAUCAAUGAGAAAAACACUUUCACCAGUGGCGACAUUGUCUCGGGUGAAGUCGCGCUGGAGGUGGCCAAAGACUGUGAGAUCAACUCUCUGUUAAUCAAAUUCAAGGGGAAAGCAGAAGUCCUGUGGACCGAGCGCCACGGUCAGACCACUGUCGUGUACCACUCCAAGGAUAAAUACUUCAGCAUCAAGCACUACUUUGUGCGAGACAAGGAUCACAAAGUGCUUUCUUUAGAAGAUGACAACGAAAUACUGCUGACAACCGUGAAUGGAGACACACACAGCAGAGUUAUUGCCCCAGGGUGCCACAUUUACCCGUUCACCUUUCAGAUCCCGCUCCAGGAAAUGCCCUCCUCCUUCACUGGCUCUGUUGGUAAAAUCAUUUACUCGCUGGAAGCCAAGCUGUGCAGAUCAAUGAGGAUUAACAAGAAAGAUUCAACCAAGAUCAACUUUGUGUCGAAGGUGGACCUGAGCAGUGACCCUGGGCUGAUGAUGCCGCAGCAUGAGUCUAAGGAUAAGAAAAUGAAAUUUUUCACCUCAGGAACAGUAGCCAUGGACGUGAAUCUUGAAAAAACAGGUUUCUUCCAAGGCGAAGGAUUAAAGGUUCUGACCUCUGUUCAGAACAACUCCUCACGCGAGAUCAAGCCCAAGUACUGUGUGUACAGAAAGCACAGCUUCUUUGCAAAUGGGAAAAGAAGACUCAGUACUAAAGACCUCUUUAAAGAGGUGGGUGAGCCCAUCCCUCCUUCUACCAGCGUAAAUGUCACACAGGUCCUCCCCAUCCCUCAUGAUCUGGAGCCCACCAUCCUCAACUGCAGCAACAUCAAAGUGGAGUACAGACUCAGGGUCUACCUCGAUGUCAAAUAUGCCUCAGACCCGGAGAUCAAAUUUCCCAUAGUCAUCCUGCCGGCUUCUCAGGUUGCUGCCAAGGCACCACCACCUGCUGCUUCUGGCUUUGGAUUUGAACCAUUUGGGAACACAAACCCACCAGUCUGGGGCAUCGUGCCACCACAACCACCAGCACCACUAGCACCAGCAGCAGCAGCAGCAGCAGCAGCAGCAGCAGCACCCCAGCCUUUCGAUCCCCCACCUCCCUAUGGAUCAUAUGGGAUGUACCCGCCUUUGUCAGGUUUUGACAAAAAAUACUAGUGAUGAGACUGAAGAUACUUAACAGUAUCAAUUUCAUUAGUGAUGCAUUUUGUUAUGACGUCCACUAAAUAUUAGGUGCUGCUACAAUACAUUUACUGCUCUUAAAUCAUUUAAAUUUUGCAUCAUAUUGUGCUAGAGGGCAUUUGUGUUCUUUCAAAGCUUUGUGUUUGGAGUGAAACCUGGUUGAUAGAAACUGCCGCUAUCUGCUGCUAUGAUCUGUAGCUCUUUUGUACUGUAUACAUGGGAGUGUUAUGUAUAGUACGUAUUGCGUAUCCUAACUUUCAGAGGUGUAAAUAUUGUUGAAAAAGAGGCACGUUUCAUUUCAUUUCAACUUGGAAUCUAAUAGUUCUCCUGCUUCAGAUGAGACUGUGAUAUUUUCUGUAUGUAGAAAUGCUGCCAUGCAGAUAGUGAAUGACACUAAUGUACAAUUAAUUUCUGCCCUCUGCAUUAAAAGGCCAUUCCGAUGAUUUGACAAAUGAAGGUCAGUUUACACAUCAGGGUUCGGCUACUCAACCUGUGGAAACUGUCCAACGUGUUUUUUGUGGCUGUGAUGAGAGCUCUCUGUGGUCUGAAAGAAUAACCCUUGUGAUGGCCUCUGAUGAUGUCAUAGGGGUUAUCUCAAACCUUAAAGUAACUGACAGAAAACUCUGCUGACUUUAAAAGAUAAGGGCAUUUACCAGGUGUUGUGAAAGACAUUGUCCAGUUGCAUGGUGGGAAUUGUAGGAUCCAGCAUAUUCUGUCUGGCUGAAAGUCAGGAAAUCUCAGCCUUUGUUAGUUAGUUGUUGGAGCACUCCUCCAAGAUCCCCAUCUUUUUACUAAUUUGAAUAAAAUCCGAUUUGUUUUUUUUGUUUUUUUUUUUCAUUUUCUUACAAAAACUGUCCUGUAAUAGUGUCAAAAAAAGUGUUGAGGGGGCUGCUCUGAUGCUUCAUUUCUAUAUGUCUGAGUGAGUGAGUAAAUGAAGCAAAGAUAUGAUAUUGUCUCUGGAAUAUAAACUGUUUUGUUGAUGGGUGGAAACACUCGUUGUAGUCAGUCUUUGUGCUCAGUGAUGUGAUUGAAUGUCGCCAUUUUUGUCCAUUACAUUUCUCUGUCCUGUUUUCACUGAACUCUCCUGUGACCUUAAAAUAUACCUCAGUCCUUGUAUAACAAAGUAAAGUGUAUCAAGUUCUUGCU